AUGGCGUGGACCAUGAGUCGAAUAAAUUCAGCCGUAAAUAACAACUAUAGUCGUUACUUGAUACAUUGCAAACGUUAUUUAAAAGAAGUCUUAAGUUCAGGAGUACUGGGUGCUGAAGCAGCCUCACUUGAUAUAGUUGAACUUAUACCUGGAGAUAAGUAUGCUAAUAUUGAUGUCAACUGUAAACUACCAGUAUAUGAUGGCUCCAACAAACCUUCAAUAAAGCAAACACCCACCGCAUUGGCAUUUCAUAUUCAGCAGUAUAUGAAUAGUGGAAGUAGUGAAUUAAGAUCACUUUUGCAUAAGGGUUAUCCAAAGAUGAAGAUUCCUGUUUUUCAGUUUUUUAUAACUGAACAGACCUGUAUAGUAAAUGCUCCUUCAAUUGAUUCAGAACAUUUACAGUCAUCCAACGAUGUAGUAUGUACUGCUAUUCCAGCGUCUAUCAAACCUAAUAAUGUUUAUGGAUUGGAACGUGAUAAACUUGUUAAAAUAAUUAAUUCAAGAUUGAAAGCGAUAAGGAAGAAAUCUCAUACUUUAGAGCCAAGAAAUUUAAUAUCUGAUAAUUAUGAAGAGAUAAAUAUCACUCCUGAAUCCAUUAAACAAGAUCACACUUCCAUCAGUGCAUGGGCAAAAUAUUGGAAGGAGAGUCAAGAUUGGCGAGCUAUAGCUAAACGCGAUAGAAGACUUCGUCAUCAAAGUACAGGAUUAGAAUUUUUAACACAUAAUCAAAACAAGAGUAGUGACGUAGAAAAUUGA